CAAAAGAAGAAUGUUUACCACUUUACCUUGUCAUCCUCUGAGGUUUCAUUUUUAUUUUGUACAAUAAAACAUUAAAUGGAAAAAGAAAAACGAAUACAAGAUUGGGGAAUUCCGGAGGAUCUAGUUAGAAAAACGUUUAGUAAGUUGGAUUGGGAAAAUGCUAGUUAACCAUCGCUGCAAACGAAUCGACACAUGGGUUGUUGCAGAAGUAAACAUGAUUGCAAUGAGACAGCGAUUGAGAUAGGAAAUUCAUUGAAAACAUCCAGAACUUCCAGCAAAGAAAGCAGAAAUGUUGUAAAAUUUGACGAAGAAGAUAUACGUCAACCUACAGUCAGCGAGUGGCCUCCAAACGACCAUGAAAACAGGUCAAAUGUACAGAAUUUGGUCUUGGAUGUACUCGACGUUGUUCGUAAACUCACCGAGAGUAUAGAAGAGCCUCCACCAUGUUUAAGGAAGCUUCACGAAAUUGCAGAGAAAGAAAGUGGAUGGCUCGACAUGGUGAUGGCCUGUGUUAAAAUGAUUCCAAUAGGAAAUGACCUUGGUCCAGCUGUGAUAUCAAUAUUGUUAGAUGAAUGCUCACUGGCACCUAAGCCUACGUUGUACAAAUUGUUGUGCUACUUUGGUUUAACCUCUGAGAGAAUACAAAAUUCCCCAGAAAUUCAAUUAUCUAACAGUGAGGUACAAAGGAAUAUGGCAAUUGUGUUAGGGAGCUUGGCUGAAAAAUUGGCAGGACCUCAGAGUGCUUGGCUGAUGAGAGAGGAAGUCCUACAUUUUCUUUUAUCCAAAUUGAGGAUAAAAGAGCAUCCAUCUGUUGUACUUUUUUCAAUAAUAACCCUGGAGAAAUUCGCAAAAACAAAUGAAAAUAAAGAGAAGAUAAGAUCCACAAAUAUAUCAGAACGACUUGCAGAAUUUGAGAGUACUUGGUUGAACAGCCACAAUGUUAUUGAGCACCAAGCUGGUUUUUGUGCUCAAUGGUGUCUUGACAACUCAUUUCCACUGAAGGAUCGACCAUACAGUUACGAGAAUAUGAACCUGGAUGGUAUAAACGCUAUGUUGAACGUUAACGACGUGAGCACGUAUCUUAAAAUAUCUCCUCAAGGCCUGGAGGCAAGAAGUGACGCAUUUUCGUUUGAAAGUGUCAGGUCAACAUUUUCUGUCUCAUCAGGUACAUGGUACUAUGAAGUCAUUUUAUUGACUUCUGGUGUCAUGCAAAUCGGUUGGGCAACGAAAGAAAGUAGAUUUCUCAGCCAUGAAGGCUAUGGCAUUGGCGAUGAUAUAAACUCUAUAGCAUUCGAUGGUUGUCGGCAGUUGAUUUGGUUUGACGCCGAGAGCUUUCCUAUCUCAUGUACAAAAUGGAAACCUGACGACGUUUUAGGAUUAUUACUGAACAUUGACGAAAAUAAAGUGGUAUUCUAUUUGAACGGAGCCGCUAUUGAACGCUAUUUUCCCGCUAAAGAUAGAGGGGCCUUUUUCGCCGCGGCAAGUUUUAUGUCUUUCCAGCACUGUAAAUUUAACUUUGGAGCAGAUCCAUUCAGAUACCCUCCAAACGUGCCGUUCUGCAAAUUCAAUGAUCAUUCCAAACUAUCAGAUGAAGAAAAGAAAAUUCUUCCUCGAAGACAUGUACAAAUGGCGGAGUUAAAGGACGAAAAAUUUCACGCAGAUUCUUGCACGAUUUGUUACGAGCAUACGGCAGACGCUGUUCUGUUGCCGUGUGAGCACAGAACAAUAUGUUACAAGUGUGCAACGAAACUGGAACAAUGCCCUAUAUGCAGAUGUGGCAUAGAAGAUAUCGCCAAACAGAUUGUAUCAAUGGUCUAAAAAGAUCCCACUAAACAUUUGGAAUAUGAAAUAUUUCAGCAUACAUAUCAUUCUGGUUUCUCUGUUCUGCACAGAGCUGUUUCCUCGGAAUGGAGAAAUGUCAGACUCAGUAUCGUUGUGUUGCGUGAAAACUAUUUGAAAGUCAAUACUUUAGUGAAUAAUGCAGAAGUAAUUUCACAAAAUCUUGGUGUUUAAAAAACGGCCAAAAGUUGAAAGUCAAAUAUAUGGGUAGAAAAUAAUAUAUGUUGGGAGAAAUAAUGUAAAAUUAAGUCAAUAUUUACGCUAGACCAAAUGUUCAAAUUGAUAUUUUCUUGCAUUCUACGUAAUGCAUUUGGGUACUUUUAAUACAAA